CUUCACUCGCCUCUUUCAAAGCUCGCAUCUUCCUUUUCCCCCUGUUCAGAAUGCAUAAAACAGAAAAAAACCACUAGAUUUUCGGGCCACUCCUUGUUGUUGUGUCCUCGCUCUCCCUUUCCUCUUCUUCUUCCUCUUCUACACGAGCACGGAGUCGGACCAGCAUGGGCUCAAAGCGCUCGAAGUUGCAUUGUUCCUUCAUUUGCUCGUACUUUCUGCUACUCCUGCCGUCUUUCUCUCGCCUCGCCGUGUCACAGAAGGUCGUCACCACGCUUCCUGGCUACGAUGGUGAACUGCCCUUCUAUCUUGAAACUGGGUACAUUGGUGUGGGGGAACUAGAGGAAUCACAGCUAUUUUACUACUUUGUGGAGUCACAGAGGUCCCCUGCGCUCGACCCACUCAUGCUUUGGCUCACUGGAGGCCCUGGUUGCUCUGUUCUCUCUGCUUUCUUCUAUGAAAGUGGUCCAGUGGAAUUUACUUAUGUUGGCUACAACGGGAGCUUGCCGUCACUACAAUUGAACCCUUAUACUUGGACACAGGGUCUCAACAUCAUAUACGUAGAUGCGCCAAUUGGCACGGGAUUCUCCUACUCAACAACUGCAGAGAAUUAUUACAUUGACGAUUAUAGAUCUUCUGAAGAGAUCUACCAGUUUCUGAGAAAGUGGUUGAUAAAACACCCUCAGUUCUUGAAGACAAAUCUGUACAUUGGUGGGGAUUCUUACUCCGGCAUACCACUUCCGAUGAUUGUUAAAAAAAUAUAUGACGGCAAUGGUGACGGUGUUGUGCCAUACAUGAAUCUUAAAGGAUAUAUGCUCGGAAAUCCAAAAACAGAUGACUUCGUUGAUGACAAUUCUAGAGUCCCAUUUGCCCACCGACUUACCCUCAUAUCAGGUGAACUGUACGAGGAAGCAACGGAAGCUUGUAAUGGUGAUUUUGUGAACGUAAAUACAAGCAACGCGGACUGCGACACGGACAUUGGUGCCAUCGAUGUGAUGGUGGAAGAAAUAAAUCUAAUGCAUGUUCUGGAACCCAUCUGCCAAGUUGCAUAUUCAAGACCAGCUAAAUCAAUCAGAGGAAAAACAAUAGUUUUUGAGGAAAAUUAUGAAAAUUUCCUAGCUACAGGAGCCAAGCCAGCACAUUGGUGUAGGGAUUAUAAUUAUGUUCUCUCUGCCGUAUGGGCUAAUGACAAGAGUGUCCGAGCUGCUCUUGGCAUUCGAGAGGGGACCAAAGGUGUCUGGAACCGGUGCAAUAGCAGUUUAGCCUAUACAAAGACUAUCACUAGCACCGUAGGGUACCAUAAGAAUUUGAGUACUACAAACCUCAGAGCUCUUAUAUAUAGUGGUGACCAUGACAUGUCUGUUACGCACAUUGGUACGCAAAACUGGAUCUAUUCUCUCGAUCUUACUUUGCACGACGUUUGGAGGCCGUGGUUCGUCGAUGGCCAAAUUGCAGGGUACACACAGGAGUUCAUCAAUGAUGAUUUUACUCUAGAUUAUGCCACCAUAAAGGGCGCCGGCCAUGUUGCUCCAGAGUACAAGCCUAAGGAAUGCUACGAAAUGCUGGAUCGCUGGCUUGCUUACUAUCCUCUAUGAAGAUCGACUGUUAGAAGCUGCGACGACCUUCCACGCCAUGAUUGUUUGUCCUAGACGCUUAUGCAGGCAUAUUCUCAGUACUUUUCGGUGGCGAAUAAUUUGUUAGAGCGCCCCGGUUCUUCGAUGUUCUUCACUCCAUGCGGAGUGCAAAAAAGGAAAAAAGCAUUAAGGGAGUUGUCACUCAAACUCACCUG